CAAUCAGACGCAAGCGAAAGGAGAGGAGGCGGUUAAUUAAAUAUUGAGCAGAAAGUCGCGUGGGGAGCGCGUCACGUGGGUCCCGAGACUCGGCGAGCCUGGGAUAAAUACCGGGCGGCAGCCAGCAGGCAAAAGAGCGCGCUGCUGACCUCCUCCAUCCUUGCUGCGACCGAGAGAGUGCGCAGCGCCCCGCGAGUGCUCAGACCAGCAGAGGAACCUCCCGGGCAGGUCAGCUGCGAAAUCCAACAUGAAAAUCCUCGUGGCCUUGGCAGUGAUUUUUUUCAUCUCCACUCAACUGUCUGCAGAAGAAAUCGGAGCCAACGAUGAUCUCAAUUAUUGGUCCGACUGGUCCGACAGCGACCAGAUCAAGGAGGAAAUGCCCGAGCCCUUUGAGCAUCUUCUGCAGAGAAUCGCUCGGAGACCCAAGCCUCAGCAGUUCUUUGGAUUGAUGGGCAAACGGGAUGCUGAUUCCUCAAUUGAAAAGCAAGUGGCCCUGUUAAAGGCCCUUUAUGGACAUGGCCAGCUUUCUCACAAAAGGCAUAAAACAGAUUCCUUUGUUGGACUAAUGGGCAAAAGAGCUUUAAAUUCUGUGGCUUAUGAAAGGAGUGUGAUGCAGGAUUAUGAAAGAAGACGUAAAUAGACUACCUAACAUAUUUAUUGAGCUUCAUUUGUGUCAGUGGUCAAGGAAAGGUAAAAUGAGACAUGCACUAUGAGGAAUAAUUAUUUAUUUAAUAAUUGUUGUUUUGAGUUUAAAACUCAAGAAGUAUUUAUUUUUCAUAUUGUGGCAAUAUAUGUUGUAAAAAAAUGUGUUGUAAUUCUAAUCUGACAACUCAGUCAGAAGUAGAAAUCAGUGGUAAUUUCUCCCCAAAGCACAGUGUUCAAUGAAGUUGUAAAAACCUAUCAAAGAUAUAUUCUCCAAAGAAAGAAAUCAUUUCUGUUUCUUGGAAGCAGUCACAUCAGCUACUACUAAGGAAAAGAAAUUCACAUAUAGGCUGUGCUUCUCCAUUUGUUUUCAUGGUGAAAAUGUGCUGAGAGUUGGUAUCAAACUGUGUUUGUAUCCCUGCAGCAUGUUUCAUGUUUUGUGACUAUAUAGAGACAUUUAAAAAGUUUUACUGUGAUUCUAAGGUAUUUUAUUGUACAAUGUGUUGUAAUAGUUAACAUUUUAAAUAAAAGAAAAAGUAUCUUAAA